UGGCCGGCAAAAUUUAAGGCCAAAUUCAAAAAAUGUUUGGAAAAAGAUAAAUAUUUUUGCCUUCUGUUGCCUCUACAUGAGGUAAAUGUCUUCAAAGUCACAGAGAAGUCCACUGGUUGGUGAUUUUGGUAAUUCUGGAAGUAGAACAAACGCUGUAAGUAUGAAAAUUGUUAUAAUUUUUUGUGCAAGGAAUGAGGGAAAUUUGACUUUAUGAGCUAGAGAUCAAUAUUCAUAUAAAAGACAUGUUCUAUAUUCUCUGGUAGUGUAGUCAGACCAUGCAUGGAGACUUGUAGCUUUUAUAUCCAAUACUCAUUUUAAAAUUAAGAUGUUUUCCAAUAACGUUUUGACAUUACAGUGCAAAUAUGCACCAGUCAGUUCAAAGUUGGGUUAGCACUAUUUUCCAUCCAGCAAACCUAACCCUAACCAAAUUAAUAAACAAAUCCAAAAAGAAACGACUUUAGAAAAUUGGUAGGGCAGUUUGCUGGAUGGAAAAUAGUGCUAACCAUUCAGUUGGCCCCUGGCUAGUGAUGGGUGAUACCACCAGUAUCGAUUUGAUACGAUACCGAUUACUUUUUCAUAAAAGUAUCGAGGUAUCGAUUACCCAAACGAUUACUAUGACGACGAUUGUAUUUCAGAAUUUUCCGCCAUAAGUUAUUUCCCUCCUUUUUCAUAAUUUAUUCUGUAGACGAGGUCAGGAAUAUUGGGUCAUUCCAGAAAACAUCCAUACCACCCCCGCAGAGGAAAUAGGAAGUUAACCCCCCUACCCCCUUCGGAUGUCCUAAUACAUUUACUAUUAUCAGAAACAUUUUUUCUCCCCUCCCCCUCCGGACAGCAGAAAUUUCCUCCGUGGGGGGAGUAUGGAUCUUUUCUGGAAUGACCCAUUAAUCAGGGAAGUGGAUAGAAUGUCAAAUACAGUAAAGGAAGUUUGAUUAAAUUGGUAAAUGCAGCAAAAUACAAAAAAGGACAUAAAUGUUAUUAGAAAUAGCCAUGAAAACGAUGACACAACUACCGAAUUAUAUUGAAUGUCUAAUUUUAAAAGUAAUCAAAACACUUUUUCGAUACUGUGCAGUAUCGACUAAUUGUGAUUUGGGCCUGGUACCGGGUGGUGUUGAUACCAAGUAAUCGGUAAUCGACCAUCACUACCCCUGGCACCCUGCCUUGCCCAAUUACUGUAAUCGCAAAAAUGAGUUAUAAAGCUAGGAAAAAAUGAAGUGCAUUAUUACUAUGUAAGGUUGUCUCAUAAAUUGACCAUGACUAGCUCCAUUCUGCCAUCCAUUUUUGGCAAAUACCUUAAUUGUGAUAACAGGCAAUUGUCUCAAGUUUAUACCACAAUUAUUGUGGAUAAAGAUGUUAUACCCUGACGAAAAAAGUCUAUAGGUGGCCUAUAGGUUCCUAUAGGAAAUGUUCCAAUUCCCUAUAGUCUAAGCCUUUAGGCACCUAUAGAUGCUGGGCCUCAUCUAAUUAUCGUUUGUUAUAAUGUAAUUUACAGUUUGGAGAUGAUGAGGGAAUCGAACUGGAAGAUGUUCAGAUAAGGAAAAAUGAGGUUCUGUAUAUAAAAUAAUUAGUAAUUAAGCAAAGAUGUAUGAUGCAAUGACAAGUUAAAAAAGUGCCUGUUCCAUUGUAAAACAGCACUUUCCCAUGAAUUCUUUUAUUUGAAAAAAUUGUGGCAAUUGUGGUGCUCUGUAUGUUCCCUCAGACAGGGCUAGAAGUAGGGUGUAAAAAAAAUACCUGUGGUUCCGGUUUCAUAUUGCAAAAAAAUUAGGGUCGGUAGGUCGGAAAUAAUUUUUUUUUUUUAAUUAAUAUAUUUUUUUUCCAUUGUUUUUUCAAUAAUUAGUGUGACAACAGACGCCAUUUUGGCAGCAGCCCGCAACCACCCGGAGAAAAUAGGGUCGCACGGUCAAUCGCGUUGAAAAAAUAAUAGGGUUGGCAGAAAAAAAUAGGGUCGGUCAGGAACCGGAACCACAGGUAUUUUUUUUUCGCCUAGAGAAUGAAAUAUGGCUUGCCAGUCUAAAAUUUUUUGGUAGGUGAAAUAAAUUUUAGCUGCAUGCCUUUUUAAAUCAUCUGAUUGAACUUCUGGAAUUGCAAUGUUUUACAGUAUUGUGAUGAGUGUCGAAAACUCAAACGAAUCAGUCAUCCAUUCAUUCAUUCAGUCAUAGUGUAAACUUUCCGGGGGGUGUACGAUUUAUGUUUGUAGUGAUUUAUUGUACUUAGUCAGUGCGUUGAGGGUUAUUUAUGCAAUUUCAGUUAUUUUAAAUUGAAGUUGAAAAUAGAGGUUGAAAAUUGACGUGUAAAAUGUAGGUGUAAAAUUUAUGUGUAUAAUUUAGGUGUAAAUGUAGAUGUAAAAUUUAGGUGUAAAAUUUAAUUGUAAAAUUUGGGUGUAAAAUACAUGUGUAAAAUAUAGGUGUAAAAUACAGGUGUAAUAUUUCGGUGUAAAAUACAGGUGUAAAAUACAGGUGUAAAAUUUGGGUGUAAAAUUUGGGUGUAAAAUACAGGUGUAAAAUUUGGGUGUAAAAUUUGGGUGUAAAAUACAGGUGUAAAAUUUGGGUGUAAAGUACAGGUGUAAAAUACAGGUGUAAUAUUUCGGUGUAAAAUUUGGGUGUAAAAUUUGGGUGUAAAAUACAGGUGUAAAAUACAGCUGUAAAAUACAGAUGUAAAAUACCAGUAUUCCCUUAGGAAUUGGUUUUAGUGGCUUUGGUGGCUCAAUAAUCAGAGAAAAUCCCUUUCACCUCUGAAAGGUUAGAGUCUCGUUUUGGACUGAAGACAUUCUAGACUUGCAAAAAGAGUCACUGAAUGCUCUAACGACUCAGAGCCUUCGACUCGAUCAGGUUGAGCUGCAUCCUUCGUAAUUCAGCUUAACUCUCAGCUGCAAGUUAGGAUAUUGGCACACCCAACUUACUUCAACUUAUUAGAGAAUAUUUUUCAUAGGUUGACAAUGAAGGCUCAAUUGGACUAUCCUCAGACGAGGCAUAUAGACGUCUGUGUUCAAUCAUAAGACAUGAACUCACAGUAUUUAACCACGCUAACAAUGCGGGAUGGUGGUGGGAUUUUGUCAAAAUGUUGGGGAACUCUGCUGUGUGUAUUAACUGGAUAUCAUUGGCUCUGGUCGUGCUUCAAUUAUUGCUUGUGAUCUUGGGUUAUCUUUGUCAGGAAAACAGGUAGGAAUCAGGCUUUUAGCCAGGGUCCUAAAAGAGGGCGUCCAAUUUUGGUACAACAAUACAUCUACAGUAAAGGGGGG